UUGGCACAAUCAGACAACGUUUCAAGUCACUUUCCGGUCACAUGCUCCUGAAUCGCUACCUCGACGAGUGCGCCCAUUAUACAAAUGCUGCCCAGAUCAUCGAUCAUGUCUUCAGAUAUCUCAAUCGUCACUGGAUCAAGCGCGAAUUGGAUGAAGGCAAGAAAUCGAUUUACGACGUCUACACCUUGCAUUUCGUCUUCUGGCACAACGAGCUUUUCAAGGAGAUAGCUCCCCUGCUGGUAGAUGCUGUUUCGGAGCUGGUGGACAAGCAUCACGAAGAAGCGAUGAUAGAGAUCGGCACAAGCAAUGCCUUCAUUGAGUUCAUCGUCUCGCUUGAGCCUGGCGGUACGGAAGUGUCGGGUUUUACCCGCGAGGUUUACGGAAACCUCCUGGAAACUCCAUUGCGCAUCGCCCUCGAAGCCUCUGCUUAUCAAGACCUGCCCGCAUUUCUCUAUGAGAGACCGAUUACAACAUCUACGUUCAUAGGAGGACUGGCUCGUAAAGAGAUAGAAGAGCGACUUGUCACUCUGGUGGGGCAUUCUGGAUUUGACCAGCGACUUCCAAAUGGCGGCGACCGUGACACUGGCACGGUGAGACUUGUCACUAACGAUUUGGUCGUCGUUGAGGCUGAUCAGAAAGCUGUCGAGUGUUCUGUCCUCAUCAAACACUUGUGUACAUACUUUGGUAAGAAGAUCAUCGCUAGGGAACUUAUCCCACUCCCAAGCGUGACGGAGCCGGUUCUUCGGAAGGUCCUCGAGUGGUGUGAAUACCACGCGCAUGAUGCGGAUAACACCAAUAUUCACAGCGUCGCAAGCUAUAACAUCAACAGCCCCGGUGUGGACGAGUGGGAUCGGAAUUACUUCGAUAUUGACACAGACAUAUUGUUUGAAAUUGUUCUUGCCGCCAAUUACCUUGACAUCGAACAACUCUUGAACGGUGGUUGCAAGGCGAUCGCGAAUCUCAUCAAAGGCAAAACACCUGAAGAAAUUCGCGAAACAUUCAACAUAACCAACGACUUCACGCCUGAGGAAGAGGAGCAGAUACGUCUGGAGAAUGAAUGGUCAGAAGAUAGAUAACUAUAUCAGUCGGAUGAAUAGUCCGUGUGUGGUGCCGGGCUCUCUAAAUUAUAGGAACAAGGAACAGGCUGAAGAAAAGAACGAUGCAGGAUAUAUAUGGUGCAGGGCCCGCGUAUAUGGCCCACUCCUCAUCACACUGUGCAUUACCAAUCGCUUCAUACCAGAGCAACAGAAAUCAAGGAGUGGGCGAAGCGGAUGAGGAAGCGAGUUACGCCGCGAAUUCUAAAGCUAGGGCGACGAGGCGGAAUGUCCACAGCAGUAUUUAGGCUCGAAGAGGUACACGAGGGUAGAAUGUCUGACAGACUCGCUAUUCUCGAAACACGGGAUCUGCAGGCCCUCGAGCCUGACGCAUUUUCGAGAUAAAAAGGCGGAAGAAAGAAGGUUCAUGGAUUUCUUUCUCCCAUAAUACAAUUUAGGCCCUGGUUCAGCCUUUCAUGACGGUUGAUAGCUUAGUAUAAUGAAGAUUUUACUGGAC